UUAUUUUUGAUAUAUUUUUUUAUCAUAUAUUUUUAUUUACCUACCGUUUGUAACAAAAGAAACAAAUAACAACGAAAAACGCGAGUGUGCAAUAACGAAUGAUCGAUAAUCCUUAAAGAGGAUUUGUAAAAAAAAAAAAAGGGGGAGGAUCAUCUAUCUAUCUCUCGUGCAACCAAGGAUCAAAAAUUGUGCUUGUCAGUGUAUACAGUGCCAUGGGGAUCUAAGAACGACGCCAAGGAAUCCAGACGCAUGACAGAGGAAAGGGCUGGCUCGUCUUUAGAAAGCGAAAAGGCAAUCGGAAAAUGUCGGAGAUCGGUGGGGAUGGUGGUACUGGUGGUGAGAGUGGAAUGGACAAUCUAGCAUUUGCAAUAGAAGAUGAAUGCGCAAAUAGCACAGAACAACACAUUGAGAACAAUACCCAUGAACAACAACAAAGCAACAAACAACAAGUGAACCUAGAACAGGAUUACAGGUCACCGUCUGAUACGAUUGGUUCGCCAACAGAAAAUGGUCAUCGUCGAUCUUUCGUCUCUCAGCAUUAUGUUGAGCCAGUAAGGAGUAGCCCAGAGCCACGUUACAAGUCUGAGACGAAGAUCGAGUUACCACCAACGACUGGUGGACAAACUCCAGAUAAGAAUUCCACGAGCGAGCCGAAGCUCAACGGCGUUCAUGGAAAUGGCAACAACAACGAUGCUAGCUUCCUCAACAGCAGCGCCACAAGCGUCCAGGUCAACGAUAAUGGAAAAAAGGAACAGAUUGAAGCAGUGAAUUUAGAAUUGGUCUCCAUGAGGCCCUAUACUGGAAACAAUAUUCAAACGAAGGGUCAGGAAGCAUGCGAGGUACCAGCCGAUCCUUACGAGGAAUACUUUGUUCCUGUUAACGAACAUCGAAAGUAUAUUAGCAGGGGUCCCGAGGCCGAGGUUGAAACAACCGUGGCUGGAGUACGUUUUGAUUUGGGCCCGGGUGUCGGCCGUGAAGGACUCAGCCUGAGAGAUCCGGCCGCCGGACUGGUUGACUAUUCCCACUGGCUUACAGCCCUCAGGGGAGAAAAAUUGUAUGUUACCAAGGAUAAAAGGUCUAGGAGUUCGUAUUGGAGAAGAAUGGCAUGUUGGGGAUGUGGUGUUUUGGUUCUUGCAAUUGCAAUCAUAAUCGCUAUUUUAGCAGCAACUGGUGUGAUUCUCACUCAGGAAGCUACUGAACCUUUGGAUACCAUAGACCAAACUAGUUCUCGUCAAUUCAAUGGUGCUCAAAUAGCUGAAAGUCAAGAAUACAUGAAAAAUCCACCUACGAGUCCACCACCUGAAACUUCUACUUUUCCACCAUGGCCUACGACAGACGAAACUUGGUAUCCAACUGUACCAGAUGUUUUAGAUGGUAUAUUGAAGUUAGAUAAUUUAGUAUGGAAAGAAGAAAUGAGUGAUGUUGAAUCUAGAGUGUACAGAGAAGUUGCGACUGAGAUAGAGAGGCAUCUUCGAACUAUAAUUAAAUUUAGAGCUUCACCAGACAUCAAGAUUUAUGAUAUUAAUAAGAAUUCUGAAGUUAAGUUCAGAAUAAAUCAUUCCUUGUGGGCUACUCCGAAAGAAACUCAAGAAGGUAUCGAGAAAGUUAUUCAAGAAAACGGUAAUAUGGUUGGAAGAUAUCAUCUUGGUAGAUUGCAAGUAAAAGAACUUAUUGAUCAAUGUCAAAAUAAUAAUUUCGGUUGUGCGGAAAUAUGCAAGUUCGAUUAUUCGAAAGGAUUCAUAUGUUCUUGUAUGCCUGGAAAAAUAUUAGACAAGAAUGGAAAAGAUUGUUUGGGUGAGAACGAUUUGAGUCACAUUGAAAUGGAUGAUACAGUAGAGUCAUCGAGCACAGAAUCAACGAAAAAUUUCGUUGGUAGAGGUCGGGGUCCAGGAAUAUUAUUUGAACCUGGACAUCCCGAUGGUUGGGAUCACUCAGAUUUAGUUACAAAUUCUAUGAAUAAUCAGUCGUCAGUUAAAACAAAUGUUAAACCUACCGAGAAAUCUAUAAAUCCAAAUGAAGAAAUAUCAGAUAAAAGUAUGGGAAAUGAACCAAAUCCUGUAUCAGAACCAACUGAUGAUUCAGAAAUUUCAAGAGCUCAUAAUUCUGAUAUUACUAAUUGGAUGCAUGAAUAUUCUAAGCAUCCUAUAGAAGUACCAUCUGCUGAGCCAAAGCCGUCUGUUGACCCAGAACCGUCCACAGAACCGGAGCCGGCUUCUGAACCGGAGCCGGCUGCAAAACCAGAGUCAGCUGCUGAACCAGAAACAACUGCUGAACCAGAGUCAGUUACUGAGCCAGAACCAUCCGCAGAACCGGAACCGAAUGCUGAACCAAAACCGAUUAUUGAACCAAAACCAUCUGCUGAGCUAGAAUCGUCUGCAGAGCCAGAACCAUUUGCAGAGCCAGAACCGUCUGCAGAACCAGAACCGUCUGCAGAACCAGAACCGUCUGCAGAACCAGAACCGUCUGCAGAACCAGAACCGUCUGCAGAACCAGCGUCUACUGAGCCAGAACCGUCUGCUGAGCCAGAACUAUCUGCUGAGCCAGAACCAUCUGCUGAGCCAGAACCAUCUGCAGAAGUAGAAUCUUCUUUUGAAAUAGAACCCUUUACCAAAACUGAAUCAACAUCCACUGUAGAACCGUCAGUAAAAGCUGAACCUUUAACGGAACCAUCAUUAAAAUCUGAACAUUCUACAGAACAAAUACAUAAAAUUUCUGUGAUACCUGAACAUUUUACAGAAGUAAAUACUUUAACAAAAUUCGAAUCAUCUUCAGAAUAUUCUCUGGAGAAAAAACCAAUAGUAAUGACAACACAAGAAAAUGUAAAUCUUUCUUCAGAAGAGCCAAAAACUUCCAUAGAUAUAGACACAUCCUCAGAAAGUGUAUUACAUUCAAUUGAUGAUGUAGAAUCCACAACAUUAAUAAUGGAACCAUCUUCGUCCGUGGCAUCUUCUGAAUCGAAGGAUAUAAUAAAAUCUUCUAUAGAAACUGACGUUGCAAUGGCAACAGAAGUUCCACAAGAAUAUCCACAAUUUUCAGAUGAAAUGGAGCAUACAACAAUACCAGAAAUCAUUGUUGAAACAACUCCAGAAAGUGAAACAACGCCAAAAAUUCUUAUCGAAUCUACUAUUAAAUCAGAACCUUCGUACGAUUCUGAAUCUCGAAAUUUCAAUACUAAUAUAAAUGAAAAUACCAAUGAAGCAAAUAAUGAAGAGCCAUUACCAGUAAUACCUUUGCAAACGAGCAAUGAAGAACCUACGACAGAAAUUCACAAUGAACGAAUAACAACGAUGUUAUCAGAACACAAUUCAGAAGAAAAGGAACCAUCAGUGAUGACUGAAAGUAUUACAACAUCGCCGAUAAUGACGACCACCGUAAAUAAUAAAAAAGAGGAUGAAGAAACUACACUUAUAAUGAUACAAUUUGAAGAUGGAGUUACCGAGAAAGAAAAUGAAGUAACCGAAUUAUCAAUAAACAAUGAUGCAGGAAUGUCUGAUAUCACACUUCCAACAAUUCAACUUGAAGAAAUGAAUAUUAAACUAGAACCAACAAAAACAUUAAAAUCAAAGAGUGAGACAACCAUUUCUGUGAUGGACACUACUUCGAGUGAAAUCACUUCUGAGGCACCAAAAUCAAUAUUAGAAACGAACACAGAAUCAAAUCAAGUUCUAAUGAAGAAUAUUGAUUCUUCCGGAAUCGAAGUAGCAUCUAAUUUAACAGAUCAAUCAGAAGAAUCAUUUUUGAAUAAGAAUCAUUCUAUCGAAUCAUUAGAUAUACCAGAAUCCAACGUGCAAGAUAUAAACGAGUCAAACGUUAUUGAACACGCACCAAAAUCAAUAUUUUCAAGUUUACCUAAAGAAUUCAGUCAAAACGUAGAACCAUUAUUGGAAUCAGUGAAUAAUCAAACUGAUGAAGAACAAGUAAUACCAUCACCUAAAGAACAAAAUAAGAAAUAUGAACAAGAUACUCAUGCAAUCAUUCCCCAAUUGAUUCCUGAACAGAUAACACAUUUUACUACGAGACCAGAAGAAUCAACGAUCAAUCAAGAAAAUAUUUUACAAGCUAGCAAUCAGCCUGUUGAAAGAAAAAACUUAACGAUCGAUACGAUCUUAGAUCGAUCUACCGAACAUCCUGAAGAGAAUGCAGUUUCUAUUGGCGAAACGAUCGAGCAUUCGACUAGUCAUCCUUUACACCCUGCGAUAUUCCCUGAAAACGCAAUGAAUCAUUAUGUUGAAAAAAUGGAUCCUAAUGAAGAAAGACAUCUUGAGGAUAUGUCACCUUUCUUACCAGACGUUCAAAAGGAGAAGGAAACGUCCAAAAAAGCACCAAGAUUGGAUAAAGACGAACAAGAUGUCCCUAAUCCUUUCGAGACUCAUGUUGAAGACGUUAUUAUAAGUAAACCUGAAAGAAAGGAUAGCAAAACUGAACUGACGUAUUCUACAAACAAAAACGAAAGUGAAGAAGUCUUGACUGAUCUUGAUAAUGACAAUAUCAAUAUGAAAAUAGAUGGUAAGGAUAUUUCAAUGAUACCUAAAACAAUUAACGAAACUAGGACUGAAAUGGAGGAUCCACUGCAACAAAAUGAACUUUUGAAAAAAUCCGAAAGUGAAAAAUUGAAAGAGACUUUGAACAAUACUCGAACACUUGUGACCAAUGAUUUGUCUGAUGAUACAACGACAAAUAAUACUUUUGAUGGAAAAAGUAUGAAAGAUGAACAGGAUGAUGAGAUACUUAGGGUAGUACCAUUGGAAGAGUAUAAAGACACGAAAAAUAUGGAAUAUGAAUUGGAUAAAGUAGAAAGUACCACAGAAGCUGCACAAAUCACUACAAUGAUGUUUAUUGAAGAAAAUGGUAGAUCUAUGGACGAUUUAAUUGUUAAUAAUAAUGUUGCUAGUAGUUCAGAGAAACCAGAAGAAAAUGCGGAAGAGGAUCAGUACAAUGAUAUCAACGAUGAAACGUUAUCCAAGACUUUCGAUCGUAAUAAAAACAUUAAAAUCGUAUCGACUGAAGUCACCGAUAAUGAAUCGAAAAAAUUAAUUAUUAAUAAUAUCGAUGAACAACAAGAAAAGACUAAAUCAACUUUAGACUCUGAAGAAUCUCAAAGUACGACGGAAAAAAUGUUAUCAACGGAAACGGAAUUACCAUUGACUAUGCCUUCUAUUUUUAUGGAAAAACAUGUUGAAGAUGCUAAGAUUACAACGCAGGUACCAGUGUUACCUAUGGAAAUACAACAGGAACUUUCUACGACAGAAUUAACAGACAAAAUGGAAGCAACUACGAUUGCUGAUGAUAAUUUGUUAUCGGAUAAUCACACUGACAGGUCUAAUAUUGUUCAUGAUGAUACAGAUAAAGAAUCUGUCACUAUGAUUCCAUCUACUAUUGCGCCAAUGUAUGCACUGGAGACUAAAACAACUGCACAAGUACCAAUUUUACCAGAGGAAUUGCAAACAACUGAACACGAAUUCUCAAUAACAACUUCUUCAAUGAGGCCAGAAAUGAUUAAAGAAAUUAAUGAUACGAGGCAUGACAUUAACAGGACAGCAACUACUAUGAUUUCAAUAGAAUAUAUUAAUAACAUUUCAGCAACUACAGCUAGUUCUACGAUGGCAGUAGAAGUUGGUAAUACAACAAACGUUAUAACAAAAACAGACAACACAAAUUUGACUGAAUCAAUGUCCACUGAACAUGAUAAUAUUCAACAUACUAUUCUAAAUGAGCAACCGGAUAAAAUAGUGAAUCAGAUGACGAUUCUUGAAAAUACAACGAACUAUCCAAAACCAGAAACAACUUUCACAGUAGCCAACGAAGAUUAUACAGCAAUGGCAACUGAAAUCAAUACUGCUAAAGAACCAGAUCCAGUUACUAUGAAUGAUGAUAUAAGGCCAGUUACUGAAGAAAUUCUAGACGAUACGAGACCAUACAAUUUUAACUUCAGAUCAUUUUUCUCAACAACGACUAUGAGAGAUGUUAUUCUCAACGAAGAUUCGAGAGAAUUAUCUGAAGAAGAACUGAAAGUAAUACCGUUAGAAAAAAGCCAAGAGAUUAAGAAAAAAUCUAUUGAUAAAAAAAAUUCAGAUAAAUAUAAAUACAAAAAAGAGAAGGAACUUAAUCUAGAGGAUCAAAGAGUAGAAAAUGUUACAACCGAGAUCAAUGAUACAACAAGUUUCAUUCCUACUGAAAUUCCAAAGAUUCUCGUCGAAUCAAAUGAAAAUAUUGCUACAGAAAAUAUAUCUACCACAAGUACAGAGUCGACUAUUCCAAAAUUCAUUUUAUCUGAUACAGAAGGUAAUAUUGUGCCAAUACCAAAAUUGAAAAUUGUUGAAAUCAUAUCUACAUCAAAUCAAUCUGAGGAGGAAAAACCUCACGAAGAAAAUACUACUAUAGCUAGUUUAAUAAGAAAUGAUACAGAAGUAGAAACAAAUAACAAAUAUCCUAACUACAUACCCGUGUCUGAAGAGAUCAUAGAAUCUGACCCAGUAACAGAGCCUUUCAUACUCAUUCGAAAUUACACUUUGCAUCAAACGACUCCAUUAAUUCCAAUCAUGGGAGUUGAACAAGCUACAACUCAAGGUAACAUUCCUAUCGAACGUGACAAUACUUUGAAUAAAUCAAACGUAACGAUUAUUCAAAAUAAUAGCCAAGAAACUAACAAUUUAACAGUCAACGCAUUGAACCUUUUAACGUUAAGUACCAUGAGCUAUUCAAAAUGUAGUACAGGCCAGUUUCAAUGUACCAAUGGGACUUCCAGAGCUGGUGCUUAUUGCGUCAGUUUAUCCGAAAAAUGUGACUCCCAUAAGGAUUGUUCUGAUGGCUCUGAUGAACUCAAUUGUCAAGAAGAAGGAUGUCCUGGAAACUUUCAGUGUGCCAAUCGUCAGUGUCUUAAGAGACACCUUGUGUGUAAUGGAAUCGUAGAUUGCGACGACGGUAGUGAUGAAUUGAAUUGUCAAAAUUGGAAGUGCAUAUUCGACGAAUACCGCUGCACCAAUGGACGAUGUAUACCACUGUUAUGGCUAUGCAAUGGUAGACCGGAUUGCGAAAAUCAUCAAGACGAGUUUAACUGUGCUGAAAGUUGCGGCAAUGAUGAAUACUUAUGUCCUACUGAUAAACGAUGUAUUCCACAAACAUGGCGAUGUAAUGGAUCACCCGAUUGCACUAAUGGGGAAGACGAAAAACUCUGUGAUUGUGCUUUGAAUCAAUUCAAAUGUCACACUGGUGGAUGUGUCUCCAAAGAAGAAGUUUGCGACGGUAUCGAACAUUGUCCUGAUCGUUCCGAUGAAUGGGAAUGUAUAUCUAGCAAUUUGCUUGAUCAAAGAAAUCAUACUGAAACUGAUCUGAAAGAAAACGAAGGAAAUUAUUCGACGAAUCAACUGAAUCAUCGAGAUUCUCUUUUAAAAAUAAGGCAAUUUGAUGGUAACUAUCGACUAGUAUGUUCGGAUGGUUGGAGCAAAGAGUUCAGUGACUCAUACUGUCGUUCUCUUGGCUAUGCUUCAUCCCAAACAACUGAUUUUAAAGCAUGGAAUAAAAGCGACCAAAUUGUAAGACUGAAAACUAAUCCAAAUCAUCGCAAUCCGCUAGUCAGUAAUCUUCAGCGAGUAGAGUUUUGUGUCUCAGAAAAAGUUGUUGAAGUUACGUGCGAAGAAUUUUCUUGCGAUAAGCAUCAUGUUGAUAGAACUACUGCAAAAUCAGAAGGUGAAACUCCAAUUGGUAUUAUGCAAUGGCCUUCUGUAGUGAUUUUGAAAGAAGAGGAACAUGGUAUAGCUUGCACAGCUAGCAUAUUAGGACCUAUGCAUGCUUUGACCAGUUAUUCUUGUGUCUACAAAUACAAACAAAGCGACGGAUGGAAAUUGUUAACUGACGAAAAAUUGCUAAGAAGUAAUUCUAUAAAAAGUAUCAUUCCACAUCCACAAGUGAAAUAUAAUCAAUUCUUCUACGACAACGAUAUUGCUUUGAUUGAACUCAAAGAACCUUUAAUUUUUUCAAAAAAUGUUUCUGCCAUUUGCCUACCAACUCAUCCUAUUAAAUCAAAUGAUGUCUGUGUUAACGUAGGAUGGAGGUUCCCAGUUAACGGAGAACUAGACUUACAACAAUAUGAUGAAUUCUUGCCAAUGCCGAUGUAUGAUUCUGACGAAUGUAAUACAACAAGCCAUUACGCAGGAUUUAUAACAAAAUAUAAUAUAUGCGUUGGUUUGUCUAAUAUGGAUAAAGAGCUUUGUUAUAAUGAUGAAGGAGCACCUCUAAUUUGUGUCAAUGAAUCAGGAAAUUGGAAUAUUCAAGGUUUACUCAGUCACCAUAGCAAAUGUUCAAGAGGACAUCCAGCAAUUUAUUCUAGUUUGGAGCCUGCUUUAGAUUGGUUACGACAUUUAGUUCCAGCUUUGCAAACAUAAAUUUAAACAACUUGUAAGAUAUGGACACUUUGAAAGUAUACGAGUAAUUCAAAGUUCAUCGUGAUCUUGAUCAUACAUCGAUCAAUGUUGAAAGAAAAAGAAAAAAUUACUCUGAUUUCAACGAGUAUUUGCUUAGCAAACACUUACAAAAGUACUUACUCCUAAAAUAUUCACGGCAUACAAAUGUUUUUUGUUCUUUUUUUACGAUUGAAAUUUAUUUGUUGUACUUCUUUUAUAAAUCAUGUUCCUAUUUAUAUUACAAAGUAUGCUCCUAGUAUUGAAUGGCCAUGAAAUCAUUUCUUUUACAAUGAAAAGCGUGCACAUGCAAUAUCUACACUAAAAAUUUACAUCGGUGAUUAUAUAAAUACAUACUAUAUAUAUAUAACAUAAGCUAAAAACAUGUAGAUCACAAAAUCAUACUUUAUUUAACAUUAAGGAAAACAAUAUGUAAAUACUGUAUAAAGUAAUUGUUUAAUAUGGUUAACGUGGUAAUAGAUUUUUUGCAAGUUAGGAAAUUAGGUCUCUUUAAGUAUUAUACUCAUACAAACACAAGCUGCAAGUUAGACUCGAAAAAUAUAUAAAAGUUAUAUUAUGUUUGGACCAAAGUAAAUGCAAUAAGUAUGAAUAUGCAUAUAAAAGUAUUGAUUGUUAAAUCUUUCUAGAUUGUACAAAGAAACUUACAAUUACUAUAAAUCGAAAAAUAAAAUAAACAUUUAAUGGAAGAGACCAACGGUUAUAACAUAAAAUGAUAGAUUUAUAUUCGAUCAAUGAUUAGUCUCAAUAAUUCUUGCGAAGCAUUCCUGAAACGAAUGACGCGGAUAAGAUUAAACAAUAGAUAGAGUAAAUGUAUAUAUGAUUAUUGUAAUAAAAUACAUUGUUAUUGAUACACUAA